UCCAUAGUUACGGCGCUAGCGGAGGUGGCAGCCGCCAUCUUGUAGAAAUGAGCGGGUCGAACCGUGAGGCGGCUAAGGAAGAACGCAAGAAAGCGGGGGGUGGGGUGAUUAACCGUCUGAAAGCUCGGAGGGUGCAGGGCAGGGAGGGAGGCGGCUCCGAUCACAGAGCAGUGAUUCCGGUCACCGAGCACGAGCUGCUGGGCCUGAAGGAGCUGAGACCGGAGCACGUCCUAGGCCUGAGCAGAGUCACGGAGAAUUACCUGUGUAAACCUGAGGAGAAUAUCUACGGUAUUGACUUCACUCGCUUUAAGAUCCGGGAUCUAGAGACUGGCACCGUGCUCUUUGAGAUCUCCAAGCCUUGCUCAGAACAAGAAGAUGAAGAUGAAGAAUCGGGACAGGUGGAUAGUAGUGCCGGACGUUUUGUACGAUAUCAAUUCACACCAGCAUUCCUUAGACUUCGAAAAGUUGGUGCUACUGUGGAGUUCACCGUAGGGGACAAACCCGUGAAGAGUUUCCGAAUGAUUGAGAGGCAUUAUUUCCGCAAUCGCAUACUGAAAAGCUUUGAUUUUGACUUUGGCUUUUGCAUUCCAAACAGCAGUAACACAUGUGAGCACAUGUAUGAAUUUCCACAAAUUUCAGAAGACCUUAUUCGCUUGAUGAUUGAUAACCCAUAUGAGACGAGAUCCGAUAGCUUCUACUUUGUGGAUAACAAGCUGAUCAUGCACAAUAAAGCAGAUUACGCCUACAAUGGUGGCCAGUAAGGAUCUGCUUCCGUUGACUGACCUAUCUCGGGAUCUAACAUUCCUUUACAAGCGCAGAGGAUCUGGGGAUGUGUGCGGUCAAUCCUGUGCGUGAUGCAUCACGGAGCAUCGUCUGUUUGUUUCUCUUUUUUCCCCCUUUUUAUAAAGUGCUGUAAUACAAAACUGAAGACUCUGUACAAAAGAUAUUUAUUUAUUUUUGUAAUAUCCUCCUUUUAUUGGCAGUUAAGCAGCUUUCUGAGCUGUGAGGAAAACCAUGAGAGAACAAUCGCUGUUACGUGUUAUAAGAAAUGAUCAGAUAAAAUGUCUAACUUGAUUCUUGGUUUGUGCAAUAUCACAUGCCCCUUACCCCUCUCUUCAGAAGUAAUACCUGUUCAUGAAAUGCACAGAGAAGUUUAGUUUGGGGAGCUUUUGCAAGUGACGUAAGUGUAUAAAAACAGCCCUAUGAUCUAAAUGUGGAUCAUUAAAGGGAUUGUCCAGCUUUUACGAAGUGAUGCCCAUCCUCAGGAUAAGCCAUCACUUACUGCCAACACUCCGCUGAUCAGCUGUUUGGUUGUAGCUUCAGUGCCAGAACUACUGUGUAAAGGGCAAAGCCUGUGCUCCCAUUGACUGACUGGAGUUACUAGCUCCCUCACAGUUCAGACGCCUGAGCUACACCCAAACAGCGGAUCUAUGGGGUGUCGGACCUGCCGAUCAGCUACUGCUGGCCUAUCCUGAGGACAUGCCAUCACUUACUAAAAGCUGGACAACCCCUUUAAAGUGCUAUUUCCAUAAUGAAUCUCACUUUCUCAUAUCAGUAGAAGUUUGACUGCCUUUUUUAUGUUUGUAUUUUUCAAUGACGCCAGAAGCAAUAAUUCUCCAAAUACCAGGUAUUGUGCCUGCCAUCAGGUCAGAGAGUAGAGGCCAAAACAGAGAAAUGUCUUCCAUAUGCACAGAACAAGAAGGACAGGCUUAUAGCGGGCAGGUGGUGAUUCUGGGUCCAUAUUAGUCCGUGUCAAUGCGGUUAGGAACAUUAGUAAGCGCCUUUUAAAGAGUCACUUUAAUUCUGAUAAAGUGAUGUAAACGGGUAACAUAUUGUCAGUGUUUUUUUUUUGUUUUUUUUUUAAACAAAUGGCAGGUUCCCUCAUUGGGAUGUGUUGAAAUGGCAGGGGGUAAGGGUCCCACUAUACAGCUUUUGGAACUAGUGCUUUGAGGACUACAUGAUUGCCUGGAAUUCAACUGAAAAGAACAUAAUGUAGAGCAAUAGCUCAGUCUAUCAGUUGCUCUUAUCCAAUCAACAUUGCUUGAAAAACCUCUGACAACGGCACUGACAGCAGAACAUAUUAUUAUUUUUUAUUUUUAGCUGAGCUGUCCUUUUCAGCUCAAUGCUUGUUCUGGGAGCUGUAUAAGAAGCUCUUAGCAAUCAAUUGUUUAACUCAUUAUGAAAAUGUAUUGAUUUGUCAUAAAUUAUUACUAGACUCCUUUAAAGGGGUUAUCCAGGAAAAUAUAUUGAUGACCUUUCCACAGGAUAGGUCAUCAAUAUCACCCAACCAAUGUGAUGUUAAUGACCUGUAAGCUGUUUUGGGAAGCUGCAGCGGCUUCCCAGGCGCUUAAACAAGCACAGCGCUGUACAUUGUAUAGUGGCAGUGCUUGGUAUUACAGCUCAUCCCUGUUGACUUGAAUGGGGCUGAGCUGCAACUAGGUCAUAGUAACCGAUGUUCUGUGAAAUCACAUGGCCUAAGAAGAUGCCUUGUUGGUCACAGAGCUGAUCGGCGGGGGCCUGGUUGUAGGAUUAGAUCUGAUAUUUGAGGAUCGGUCAUCAAUAUGAACUUCCAGACAACCCCUUUAACCUAUUUUGUAGCAGCAGGCGGAUUAUCUGAGCUUGCUCUUUUGCACAUGCAGAUCCAUAGGAUGUUUUGCAGGGUGAUAUGACUGUAGUUGUCACAAACCAAAUGGUUGUGGAAAAGGCUUUUGCUCUGUGCCACGGCUUUUAGAAAUUCAAAUUACAAUUGUGUUAGGCUGCUUUCAGACAAGUGUGUUCAUUCUUGGAAAACGCGCUCCGUGUGUGAACGGCCUGAAUGCUGCUCCUGUGAAGUGAACGUGCAACAUUAUAAUGAUUAAAGAUGACCUUUUACCAGUUUUUACUUUAUAAAAGCGAUACCUUACACUGUAGCCCAUGUUCCCUAGAUGUCAGAUUGCUAAAUUAUUUCAGGAUGUGCUCUCCCGUUGUGCCGCUGUGCCCCUCGUUCUGUUUAGGCGCCCUGCAUGCUAAUUAAUAGCAUCGGUACAGCCAGCGGAGCUCGUCACAGCCAGGGAGAAGGUGAGCUGUUUUUUCUCCUUGGCUGUGACGCGCUCCGCUGUGUUUGGACAACUCCACAGACAGAUAGAAGAGAUGCCCACUGAGAAAAGCUGAUGUCUUCUCCUCCCUUUUGCAAUGCUAAUAAUUAGCAUACAGGGCGCCUAAACAGAACGAGGGGCAGAGCAGUGCAACGGAGGGGCAUAUCAUGAAAAAAAAUGAGUGAUAUGACAUCUACUGAACAUGGGCUACAGUGUGGGGUUAUUGGUAAGGAUAUAGAAAGUAUAGUGGCUCUACCAAUUGGCCUGACAAUGGUUCGGUGCACUCCCCCCACGACACACCCACCGUCGUUAAAAUUGUAAAAAAAAUAGAAAGAUGGGGGGGGGGGCACUCUUCUAUCUGGCAUUAUACGGACACACUAAAUGGUUUAAAAUUGUUGAGAUUUAUUGAUCAAAUUUAUGUACAAUAGAAGCAUACCAAUGUGGUCAUCCGAACCCCACAGAGGCCUUCUCAACAAGCGAUAUAGUCACUUGACACAUGCUAAAAAUGCAUACUUAUUGCACUUACAUAAACAUUAAAAGAUAAAAAAGAAAAGUGGAAAUGGAAUAAAACAAUGCAGUGUGUGUGUAUGUGUAUAUAUAAGUUCCUGGGAUUCAAGUUAUUGCGACUCGUUACGUUUUGUAUAUGUAGCAAUUAUUUAGCAAUGUUUUCCUCUGCAAUGGUUAUACAAGCAAAACAGCGCCGACUUGAUGAAAUGGCUACUCGUAGAGGCGGUAAGACUGGAAUUAACAUCAUAAAUCAUUAUAAAGUUGUGAGUUCACUUCACAGGAGCAGCUUGCACACAGCGUGCUUCCUGGAAUGAACACACUUGUCUGAAAGUAGCCUUAAAGGCUCAUCUAAGUGAUGAUAGUCGAUGCGGGGGGGGGGGGGGGGGGGGAUGCUGCUGCUGAUCCUGGAAUCUCCUGGAUUAUAUUCACAUGCUAGUUUAAUCAAAAACUUGCUUUUAUUUAUGACUUUGGAAUAGAUUCAUUUCUUAAAGACAUUGUAACCUGAUAAUUCUGUAUUUUUCAUUGUCAUUUGUUUUAUGUAAUGAAAUACAAAUAGGAUACAUAAAGUAUGUACUUUUAUUA